AUGUUGGUCUCGUCCAUCAUCAAAUAUAUCAAACAGCGGAAAUACAUUGGCAACAACUACCGGCUUCCAUGGCAACAACAACCGGCUUCCAUGGCAACAACUACCGUCUUCAAUGGCAACAACUACCGGCUUCCAUGGCAACAACUACCGGCUUCCAUGGCAACAACUACCGGCUUCUAUGGCAACAACUACCGUCUUCCAUGGCAACAACUACCGGCUUCCAUGGCAACAACUACCGGCUUCCAUGGCAACAACUACCGUCUUCAAUGGGUGGACUUGUAUAGGAUCACGACGACGAUCGAUUCGGACAUGAGACGGAGCCAGUCAAUGUGGGUGUUGGAUCGACACAAGACGUGGUUUGGAACGUCACUAGGCGCUUCAUUGCCCAUACAGUCACGUUCAGACUCCGUCAUCGACGUAUGUGGCGGAAGCCAUCAAGAAAGCCAGAAGAGGAGAUUCCGGAAAAGCGAUCACAAGGAACGGAAAGCUAAGUGCUGGUCGGCACCAACCACGUGUACGCCGUGUCUGCACGGUGACAUUGACGCGGUGGACAGCCAGGGGCGAUCACUUUUGUUCUACGCAGCCCGGUAUGGACAAGUGGACACGGCGCGACAGCUCGUGGAGGCGGGGUGUGGAAUGGACCAGGUGGACUGUCUGGGCAACUCGGCGCUGCAUGAGGCCGUUGACAAGCGGCAGCUAGAGAUCGCCGAAUUAAUCUUGGGAGAUGGGAAGGUUGACGUUAACGUAACAGACUGUAACGGAGACACGCCCCUCAUGCUCGCAGUAACUCACGGUGACACAGACGCCGUCAAGCUGCUCCACAAACACGGAGCCGACAUAAAUAUUUGUGACAUGACCGGAUGUUCGCCGAUAUACCGGGCACUUCAACGUGGCUGGGAGAAAAUUGCUGACUUCCUAUUGGAUAACAAAUGUGACGUCAACACCAACUCAGCCAAUGAAAUGACUUGUUUCUUUGCGGCUGCGCAUUUCAAUAAAAGCAAUGUGGACCAUUUCACAAAACGUCUUCUGAAGAUGGAUUACGAUUUUAAUAAGGACAGCGAUUGGUUAGAAACUGAAGGUUGCCCAAUCACAGUUAAAGACUCGAAACUGCGCCACAAAGUGCUUGUGAAGGCUGGUCAGGACGGUUCAACAAAACGUCGAACAACCCUGUGUGCAGGAAAACGAAAACUAAUAAAAGUGUUUCGACGUAUUUUCGAAUCUUGA